CCGACUGGCAUUCAGUUGUCUACGCGACUUGAACAGGUGCGGACGUUAGUUUUCGCCGCUUUACGAAUUUUCUGAAUUUUCUGUGCGUGAACUGAACUUAACUAAACUGAACUGAAGAAAGCGCCGCGGCGCACGCUGACAUGAAGUUAAUUGAUGUGAUUAUCUACUUAAUUGCCAUUUUGAUCUUCAUCUACCUGCUGCUUGAGUAGUGGCAGUUUAGAAGAAGCCAAAAGUCGCUCAACUAUUGCCUAGAGCUUUCUAAAACCCAACUGUAACAAUUAAAGCGUCUUCAUUAUCACCAUCCGACCAGCAACGAAAAAACUUCAGUUCCCAACAAGAUGAGGCCUUUUCUGAUAUUUGCCCUGCUCUUGGCGGUUGUUAACUGUGAACCUCCGGCAGCCAAACCGCGACCACUCGUCUUCACCAAUUGGCCACCGAAGAGCGCCAAGCAGGUCCGUCCUGCGGCAGGAGCUGGCGGACUCCCGGGGAAACAGCGCACCCUGGUGGUCCAGAUUCGCAGCGAUCAGCCAGUGCCAUUGGUUCUCAAAGGUCGUCCGGGCCACGCCCACACUCAUGCCGCCCAUCUGGCUCAUCCUCACGCUGUGCAUCCCCACGUCCUGCCCCAUCAUUCGCAUGCCCAUCUGCACGCUCAUCCUUUGAUCCAUGUGCCGCAGCACCAGCACUUGCGCUCUCCAAGACCCAUCAAGCAUCAAGCUCCAGUCUACUUCAAACCCGCUGCUGCCAUUCGAAAGCCACUGAAGAUUAAGCUAAACAGCUCCAAACCCAAGGCGAAGCCAACCUUUGGAUACGACAAGCCCUUCAAGUACGAGAAGCCAACAGCUGUGAGUUAUAGCGAGCUCCAGAACCUGCCGCUGGACACGCACAACAACUUCAACACAGAGCACUUUGCACCCAUUUAUACGGUACCAGCACCAAAUCUAUCCGUGCACGGCAACCACCUGGAUCUGGAAGAAGGACACUUAGACACAGCCUACCUUCCUCCCCAACACACACCCUCUCCUCCGUCCGCCCGCCCCCAGACAUAUUUGCCUCCCAACUAUAGUGUACAUGAGGACGCGACCAAUGACCACACCAUUCGUGAUCCCAUUUCCGGUUCGCAGAAACUUUUUGCCCCUGAUCCAGACCCCUCGCUGCCCACUUCCAAGAUCCGCCCGUCCACUGAGUCCUUCAAUACGCCGAGCAACAAUAAGCCGCUUCCUGCCGACGUUCAGAGCAAUCACCUGCCCGCCCAGCCACUUGUUCAGAUUGUGGGUGCCCAGGCGGCGGCCCAAACAGCACCAGAGAUCUACCCCAUCCAGUACGCCCAGCCAGCGGCACAGUUGCAACCAUUCAUUGCCGCAGCCAUCCCGGCGGCUCAUAUUCCUAUCUACAACCCCACGUACCUCGUGACGCAGUCCAACCAACUGUAUACCCAGCACAAACAGCAGCUGUUUAAGCCUAGCACGGAGCACGUAGUGGAAACUGGCUAUGUGAACGCGGAUCUCACCCAGGAAGUGGCCAGCAAUGGGCAGAUUCUGCAGGCAGCCAAGGAUCCACACCACAAUAUCCAUCCCGUUCUUGACUCUCCGCCGCAGUAUGCCGCCUUGAUUGCGGCUCCGGCUUUGGGAGAGCCGAUUGAGAGUGCUUACGAGACGGCAUCCUUCCACCUCCCCAAUGUGGGCUCGGCGGUAACUGCCGCCACCCCGGAGGGUGGCUUCGUGGUGUCCAACUAUUACGGUCACGCCCAUGAUUCCUCGCAGCUGCUCCAGGCCUACGCCGAGGAGGAGGCUCGCCGCCAGCAACUGGAGACGGAACAGGCUGCCAUCGAACUGCAGAAGCAGCAACAAUUGCAUCUGGAAGAACUGAAGGCCCAAGCCCAGGAGCAGCAGCAACAACAUCAGUUGCACCUUGAGGAACUGCGUGCUCAGGCGCAGUACCAGCAACAACAACAGCAGCAGUUUGAAGAACUCAAGGCUCAAGCUCAGGAGCAGCACUUGCAGCAGCAACAGCACCAGCAACAGUUGCAACUGUUCCAAUUGCAGGCGCAACAACAACAGCUGCAGCAGCCUGUGCAGCAGCAUCCGGCGCCUGUCUCCCAGGAUCCAGCGUCUGCAGCCUUCGAGGAACAUCAGAGACUGGUUCAGCAACAACUGGGUAGCAACACACCACUUCGCAUCUUUGUACCCGACGAGGAGACCUCAGAAUCACGCCUACAAAAACGCUCGGAUAAUCUGAAGAAGGGCACGGUACAGGACGUGGCCAGUGCGGGUGACGACGAGGCAGAGUCAGCCAAAGAUUUGUUUGAGGUGUCCACCUCCGUCGAAGUUGCCGGCAGCAGUAAUUAGUUACCGCACAUUUAGUCUUCGACGCUGUUCAAAAAUAUUUAUUUACACACUCAUUUGUAAAAACGCAUUCAUAUAGCGAGCAGUCGGUAGUUUAAUAAAAAUAA